UGCCCCCUGACGAGGCGGCGUGUGGUGGUGGUGGUUCCGGCUCUCAGAGGUUUCGCGCGCAAAUUCCUCCCUUUGGUCGCUGGCGGGUUUUCGAGACGGGCGUCUUCAAGGCAUACGACAGUUGCUGCUCGUAGGGAACCGAUCUCGUGCCACUUAACGAUAAGUGCCCACCUACAGGAUUAUAUUAUAAGUAGUAGAUACUGGAGUGGUGCCAUACAGUGCCAUUUGACACCCCCUCGUCGUGAUGAAGACGCAGCGGAAGGGACUCGUCACCAGUAGGGAAAGACCUCUCCCCCACAUGGGGCGGAACGAAUGAAGUCUUUGAGUUGGUGAUGGUUUUUCCCAGCGAUGAAUUAGGACUGUGGCGAUGCUAUCGGUGAUGAUGAUGAUGAUUUUGAUUUUGAUAAAUACUAUGUGAUGAUGCGACCGCCUCCGAUGGGUGGUGAUGAGGUGUGAUGUGAUGUGAUGUGAUGUGAACAUUACUUAGAACGGACUGAAUAUUCCCUUAUUCGUUUUGUGUAUUUUUUUUUAUUCCCUUUUUUUUUUUACUGAUUUCUUGAAAGUUUUUUUUAUUUUUUAUUUUUGUGUGUUUUUAGAAAGUAUUGAGAAAGUGCGAAAGCCCUACGAUGGUAGUGUGCAGACACGGCGGCCGCCCCCGUCUGCCUCCUCACCCGCUGGGGCGAUAGGCUGCUAGCGCGUGGGUGGGCGGGGCGGAUCUGCCGCCCCCGUCAGUCAACACGACCAACGUAUCCCCCAUUUGGUGGGCGAGAGGCGCCCACACGCCCACGAAUACUGAUCUGGUGUCCCCCGUUCCCCGCCCUUUAUCCACCCGCCAUGGGACGUCCUCUUGGACCAGCCACGACUGGGGUACCGCCUCUGGAGGGAAGGUGGCGGAGGGCGGGACGGUGAUGGCAUCCUGCUGGCGGGGCAUGGGCGUCCUGCUGGGGACCUGCCUGCCCUCUCACCCCACCACUGCCGACGCCUCCCACAACAACCACGCCUCUGCUGCUGCUGCUACCACCAACAACAGCGGCGUCGCUCACAACAACUCCUCCUCCUCCUCCUCCUCCUCACCUCGGUUGGCCGGGGGAGGAGGAGGAGGAGGAGGAGGAGUGCUGCUUCCUCCCCCUCCUCCGACUUCGUCUUCUCCUCUCGUUCCUCCUCCGUCCGCCGCCACAGCAGCGUCCUCUUCCGCAGCUUCCACCCGCAUCACCACCGCCGCCCACAGCGGCUCCCCCAGUCGCAGCGGCAGCAGCAGCACCACCACCAAUAACAACCGUCACCACCACCAUCACCAUCACCACCAUCACCACCAUCAUCAGGGCGGAGGCGGUAGCGGCAGCAGCAGUGUGACGGAAGGCCCCGGCGCCCGCUACCUGCUGGUGCGUCCCGCUACGGCAGCCACGCCGCCCUCGCCGCGCCGUCGGCAUCAUUCCCGGACGCAGCAGCAGCAGCAGCAGCAGCAUACGACGACGGGCGUCGUCAGCAGCAGCAGCAGCAGCAGCGGCGGCGGCCAAGCGACGACCAACGUCACGACCACGUCGGGUGGACGAAGAGGCUCUGAAGGUCGGAAUGGGCGCGGGGCGGCAGAUUUGGAGGGGACGCCUCCGUUGCUCUUGCUCUCACAGGCCCUCAACCUGCCUCCCCCUCCACCUCACCUCGCCUCCCUCAUCUACACUUACGGUUUCAAGUGCCCCAUUUGCUCCAAACUUGUUCUACCCGACGAUUUGGAGUGCCAUCUGGUCAUAUGCCUCACGAAGCCACGCAUCAGUUAUAAUGAGGAUGUGCUGACGGAGGAUAAAGGGGAAUGUGUGAUUUGCUUGGAGGAUCUUUGUCAGGGAGACACGAUUGCAAGGCUCCCUUGUCUAUGUAUUUAUCACAAAUCAUGCAUAGAUGAAUGGUUCCAGGUGAAUCGGUCGUGUCCCGAACAUCCAUAUGACUGAGCCAUUGCACAUUUUUGAUCGUCACAAGAAAAUGCCUACGUGCCAUUAUUGUUGUUUGUGCCAGUUGGGAAGCAUCGGAGGAAUAGGGAUGCUAACCCACGCCAUUAGGAGGGGAGGACAUAAUUCCUUUUUACUUUUGUCGGAUACUGUAACUUGACAAAGGUUGGAAGCAGUGUUAAGAAAUAUGAAGCCCCAUUUGACUGCGACUGAACUUCAUGAAAAUUUUUGUGACCGAAUAAGUGAGAUAUGAGUGAGUGUUAUAAAACUACAGUGACAAAUUAUGUGAUCCCAGGUACAUCAUAAGAGUUAUUUGAUGUCGAACAAUGAAGUUUUGCGGCUUCAUUAUUUUGUUUUGUUGUUUUCCUGGGAACAGGAAUUUACAAACUAAAACUCCAGAUGUACUGUUUUGUGGCACUGUGUGUGCCAAUUCUUGAAAGUGACUUGAGUGAAAUUUGAUUUUGGAUGUGUAUCAAUGAUAACAUCGAAAAAUGCAGAGUUGACAGAUUGUGUGAUGCCAUAGUUAAUGCUGAUGAAUGGGUCUUCUAUCCAGCGGUAAUUUUGUUUUUCAGAAGAAUAUUUUGUAAAUUGUAUACAUCUCCCUGUGUUAUAGAAGACUUGAUACGUUUUAUAAAAAAAAGGCUUUUUCCUCAAUUCGAUAUUAUUGUCAGUCUUCAGCAGGUUCAGUCAAGCUUUUUAGGUACGUAUGCCCUUCCAGUUUUCAGUAUUGUACUCUUGAAGACAAAAUACAGUAUAUUGCUCUUAAUUUUGUUUGCAUUCUACAAAGCAUUUCAGGACCUAGAGAGUUAAGGAGAGUUUUGUAGUACUGUAUAUCUUGACAGUGGUUGUAUAAGCUGCUCAGGUAAUAGAUUAGAAUGCAGUACUGCCGUGCAAGGAGUCGGCUCAAGGUGAGGGUUAAGUAAUACUCACGUCCAUGGUUGAUGAUAUGAUGCCUUAGCUGAUUAACUAGAGAUGUUUCAGCAAAUUCAGUGCUGUACUUUUGUCAGUCACUUUAGAACAUUAUCAUUAUUAUUAUUAUUAUCAUAGCCAUACCUUUUAAAGACAUCUUUAGCUUGCCUCUGUUGAAUGGAGGAAGCGACCUGUGGUCCCUCGUUAGUGAAAGAAAUCCUAUUAUUUUAACUUAUGUUUCUAUUUAGGAUGAGCUGGUUUCAUGCUUAUCUUCCAGAUUUUUAGAUUAGUAGAGAAAAAAGCUUAUGAAGGAGCACUUUAUCUUUGCCAGAUACCUUAGAAAAGUUCUAAAUUAUUUGUUUCCUUUUUUCCCCCUCCCCCACGUUCCUCGUGAUACGAAAUAGGAGUUGAGUCUGGUGCAUUAGUCACGUGUACGAAGCCGAUUUUGUUUUUGUACCAGGAUUAAUAAGCUCAGAGUGUAAGCCCUUUCUCCAAUGAUGAAUUAAUGUACCGCAUAUUGUGGUUAGCCCUAAGGACCUACAAUAAGAAUGCCUCAAGGCAUAGAACAGAAACCUUUCAAUUUUAAGUGAUGGCUGUCUCAUGCUUUACCUCACCUUUGGAUGAAUAGUAUGGAUUAUCCUUGUAAUUAUUAAAGCAUUGUGCUCAUUGCAACGAUGCAUUGUGGUCACCACCGCUCUUGUGAAGAGACCCAUGGCUACGACCAGCAGCAUCGGCAAGUCAUUUUCUAAACAAUUUUUCCCCACGGUUUUAUUUGAAUUGAGUGAAUAUCAGUGCAGUCUUUCAUGUUGCUGCUUAAAGAAAAUUUCCUUUCAUUAAUCAAGGUUUUUCUUAACAUGGGUGGGGGCUUUUUUUGUAUUUGCUUCAAGAGGCACUAGGGUUUGUGAUGUUUUGAUUAUGAUGAUUGCAAGCCUAUUGCAUAGCCUUCAUGUGUCUGUCUGUUUGUCCUGUGAUUUGAAAUUUGUUUUGAAUAUAAUGUAUACUCUAAAGUUUUUGAAGUAUUGCAGUGGCUACUGCUUAAUCCAGCAUUUAUUUUUAGUUUAUGUUGAUUUGUAGUUUGUUACUAAUUAGAUAUAUUGUUUACUAAAGAAAAUCACAUUUUUAGAGUCAUAAGGAAGAAUGUGAUGCAUUAUUUGUGAGCCUUUGGGUAGGGAUGGUAAAGGUAGGUUGACUUGGUGGAUCUCAGUUGUAAAACUGCUUGAUUUUCAUUGUUCAAUUUGGGCAUUUGUUUCUAUCUUGUAAACACACUUUAUUGUAAUUUAAACCUGACAAUGUUUAGUUCAAAUACCAUUAGUCAUAUUAGCAGAUAAUUUUAUUUAGACUCAUUAACAAAUAAUUAGGAAUUUAAGAGUUGAUUAGCAAAUGUUAGUUGAAUUUCCUGUUAAGUAAGCUUGUUUGAUCUUUGGUUCUUUUUGACAAUGGAUAUCAUUGUCCGUUUUUCUUGAAUUUUGGACAGAGUCAGAUCUCUGUGAACUGUAUUAACAUGUGGCAUUAUUAUAAGGGAAUGUGUAUUAUGAUAUGAUACAGUCGCUGGUUUUAAAGUUAUUUUGGCUACGUAUAAAGGAAAAAGCUUGGUGUAAAUAGAUUAGAUAAUUUUGUAAUCAAAACUAGAAAUAAAAGUACGUAGGUGUGUGUCUACAUUAGGGUAUGGUAUAUACAUAAAAAUUCGUUAUUACAAGCUCUAACUGUGAUUGAAUAGAAUUAUAUUAAUUGGUUGUCCAAUGGAAGUUUAUCAAAUUGGUUUUCGACUUGAUAUUUACAUUUAUUUUUUCCUUUUAUCUAUCUCUACAGUCAGUAUUGUCUCCGUACUCGUGGCAGUAGAUCUGUCACCAAUUGGCCUAUGGUUGUCUUGUAUACUAAUGCUGUUUGUGAUUUGGCCUUAAUCGUCUUAGUUGUCGAUAAGAAUUUAACUUAGGAUUGGUAAUUUAGUGCAAAGAGCAUGAACAUUUUAGAUUUUAAUGGGAAUUUACACUUUUAUACUUUGGUAAGGUGGCUGUCCACUAUAUCAAUCUUGAGUAUAAGGUACUAUUUUGACACACAACCCAAAAUUGGUACUUUAACAUACAGCAUAUAUUUGUGCAUAUAAAAACAAAUCAUUGCUUUUGGAGUGGGUGAUAGUGAAAAAUUCAGAAGAUGGCUCUGACAUCAUACAUGUAUGGCUUUUUGGCAAUCCUUGGUGGUCUGUUGGCUCCUUGAUGAUCCAGUGGUUGAUAACACACUGAACAAGUGAAUUAUAGUGACUAGAAAUUUUUUGUUUUAUUUUUGUGCAUUAUUUUUGGGCCCCAUUGGCUCCAUGCCUGAAGGUUGUAUAUAUUGGUUGUCCUUCAUAUUUCUUCUGCCACUUUCCUUUCUCAGUCCAUUUGUCCCUCCCUUCCAAACCUUUCUUGAUGGGAUGCCUCAAUGACCUUUUUGAUGCUUCAUCUUCCCCUUUGUUAUUUUAUGAUGAUGAUGUACACCUUUUUUUAAUCAUACUAACCAUAUUGAAUCUGCUGUAAACAAGCAAACACAGACGAACAUAUACACACACAUCAGUAAGUGAAAGAAGCAAAGGCAUAGCUGUGUGAAUCAAGAGACUUGCGUUACCAUUUGUCGGGUUUAUACAGUUGCAGUGAUUUGCACAGCCGUGCCAGAACCCUCUCAUAUCUUAAGCGUAUCAUUAGAGUGGUCUGUUGAUCAAACCCCCUUUGUAGCUGUCUGUCUGUCUGUCUGUCAGCUUUUUUUUCUCCCCUCUAUCUUUUAAUUUUCUUUUGAAACUACUAGUAGCGUCAGUGGUAAGUUGCUUUGGCGACCAACUUCUCACCAGCAGGUCACGAGUCUCGUUUGCCUUGUGUCUGUCCGGAAUCAUAUCUAUUCCAGCUGAGCUGUACCACGUGUUUCUUACCAAGUUGUUUUCUUACGUUGCAUGAAUUCACGUUCACAUGUGUAUCAUUGUAUAGUUCCAGAGUAUUUUAUUACCCCAUAAGAUGUACUGUAUAUUACACUAAAGGUGCAAUGAUUUGAUAUAUGUUGUAGUUUUGUAUAUAUAUAUAAAUAUAUAUAUAUAUAUCUAUAUUAGCCAUAGUAAUCAAAGACAAUUGGCAUAAAACUAUCCAGAUGUUUCAUUAUGGAAAAUUUUCCAAAAUUGCUGUGGAAAUUUUUGAAAGAAAAAAAAUGUGAUUUAUUCUUUUAGUUAAAGAUGAAUUUUGUACACCGCAGUGUCGCUGAAAAUUAUGUACAAUAAUAAAGGCUGAUGAAUGUGAAA